AUUUUCUUCCUAACACAAAGUUUGAGGUCUAAAUUUCAAUGUGACCAGAUCUUUUUCAUAGUUAAUCCCUGCUAUUCAGAUCAAUUUCUGGCAUACCAAGCACUCAAUUAAUGUUCAUUACUAUUGUUAAAACAUGGAGAAAGUGACCGUAGGAAAAGGUCUUAUAUAAACUGGACACUGAGACCUAAACCAUUACCUCUCUGUACACAUAGAAGUAAAUUUUCCUCGUGUCCCUGGCUUCUGUCAGGGCAUUCAAACCAUGUCUGCUGAAGGAUAGGAGCUAAUCAGGUGUGUACUGUGGUUGCUGACUCUCUGAUGUCCUGGAUGCUGCCUUCCUAUCCAGGCCUGCAAAACUUGCCUUCUUCGUGUCUUAGAUGCAUUCCCUCCCUCAACCUGAUAUCUAUAACAUUUGGACAUACAUUGGCAUCACUCUGGACCCAGUGGCCAUUCAUUAUAGAAGCAGACAUCACAGAUAGAACAAAUGAGGUGAUCCAGUCCUAAUAGUAAGAUCCCACUCCUACCUAUCUUCUUUCUUUUCUCCUUAGCUAAACAUGACAGAGUAUAACCAUGGCAGUUAGGUCAGAGGAAUUUUAGCAAUAAAAGCUGAUUCUAAGGACCAUGUGUAAAGUAUGUGACACCCAAAAAUCUUGCUAACUUUGUGGUGUAAGACCUGUGCUACCUCCUCAACUAUCAAAAUAAAAGGCAUUUUUUCUCAGAAGGAUGGUCAUAAACACAUCGUAAAUGGUAUUGGUAACAGGCCAUGUGAUUAUCUGAGGUGAGCAUUCCAGGCAGAAGUGCAAAGACUCAGACACAAGUGCGUGUAUGGCUCAUUUGAAAAACAGCAAAGAUACCAGUGUGGUUGGAAUGGAGUCAAUGAGGAGGAGAAUGGUAGUAGAUGAAGUCAGGCAAGUAAGAGUAGGGGAAGUAAAAGGAAAAUCAGGUAGGUCCUUUUAAGUUAGUGCAAGAGCUUCAACUUUUCUUUGAGUGAGACAGGAAGCUGUUGGAGCUUUUAGCUUAUAUUUUAACAGGAUGAUGGUUGCGGCUGUUUUGAGAAUGAACUGAAGAGGGUAAAGGGUUAAAGUUGGGUGACCAGUUUGGAAGUUAUUGCAAUAAUCUAGGUAGGAGAUAAUGGGGCUUAGAUCAGGGUGGUAGCAGCAGAUGUGCUAAAAAGUGUCAAAUUCAGGAUAUGUUUUGAUGGUAAAGCCAAGAGGACUGCUAUUAGAAUGAAUGUUCAGUAUAAGAGAAAGAGUCAAGAAUUGUCCCCAAAAGUUUCAGCUGGAUCAACAAGAAGAAUAGAGUUGCCAUUUACUGAGAUAGUAAUGAAUGCAAAAAAAAAAAAAAAAUUAGGAGAGAAUGCAAAUUAUGUUUUGGACACAGUAAGAGAUGCAUAUUAGAAAGCAUGGGUUUCUAAUCUAUACUCCUCUUUUUUUCACACCCACUAGGACUAAAACCCUAUCUGAAUCUCAGCCUUGACUUAGUCCUGAUCUAGGAGACUAGGUCCUGACUCCCAGUCUACAGCUACUGGCUAGAGUCCUACUUCAUACAGACAGACCACCUGGAACCAAGAUGCAGCCAACACCAGAUUUAGUAUGCUAUUGCCAGAACCCAGAAAGUUCUAUUGCAACAUCUCAUCCACUGGGCUUGAUUCUCUUUAACAUUGAGUUGGCCUAAUUUUCUUGAACUUUGAUAAUUCUCUGUAGACCCUAUGAUUUUCAUUGCAGCUCUACAAUGGGGUUAGUUGUCAUAAGCUAAUUCCUCACAAUUCUAGCUCUCUCCUGCUCUCACUAGUGGGUCUCACUGCUAUGCAUGUCUCAUCUUUGACCUUCUGUCUGCAUUGGAAAUUAGGGAAGAGUUUGAUCACAUGUGUCCAAGAAAAACAGUAUAUUAUUGACUCCAAACCAUCUCUCUAAAGUUUUAUAUGACUUUUUUAUAUCAAUGCUUUAAAAAAAUGGAAUGAAAGAGAAAAACUAAAGAUUAAAUAGUCAAGUGGUUUUCCUAGUCAUAUUUAUUUCCUUUGGAUCAUUUGUUUGACUCCCACCCCACCUUUACAUGACAAUUUAUGUUGCAAAAACUUUACUGUCCAGUAAUUCUAAAAUGAUUUGUCCUGUCAAAUGAAAUCCAAAAUGAUGUAGAAUUCAGAGCCACUAAGGAUUACAAAAUGAGUACUAUGAGUCUACUAAUCCCUGAAUACCUCCAAAACCUGUCUAAGAAUUGCAAAAAGUCCUUUAUGAGCUGGUUUAUCUCCAAACCUGGGGCCCCAAUGUUUGGAAACGAAAUGGCACACAUGAAAGCACUUUCAAAGCAUAUCAUAUACACAGUAAUAUAUGUAUCCCAGAUUUCUGCUGUAUACGGUAAAGUGUUUUAUUACAGGGAAGUGAAAUUAGGGAUUGGAGGGAGCCUUAAAGCCUCAUGCAAAGAUUAAUCACAAAUUAGCCUGCCAGAAGUAGGUCAGGCUGCUGUACUGGCUACCCUCAAAGUUGCUGGUUCUGCUCGUUAUAGUUUUGAAUCAUAUUUAUUUAAGAAUUGCCCUGUUUAAUUACUGAACAACCUGGGGAAUAGAUCAAGAGGCCAUGAGUUACCAUUGCUCUGUUGAUUGCUGCUGCUGUUUGAAAAGACCUACCAUUUUUUAUAUAAGAAUAUUUUUCAGUCAUUUACUUCAUCAUAUAAUACCUGUAUCUCCCAUUCCAGCACCGAUUAGCUUAAAUGGCAUUGAGAAGAAACCUGAAAUAAGAUGUCGUUAUAGAACUUCCGUGUAACAAUUCUGUAAGCCGUGUGCAACACCGUUUUUGUAAGAAGUUGCUAAAGUUUAAGUACAUUUCCCGCAGUGACAGAGAAGGCUGAAAUACUAACAGUUCCUCCCCUGAAAACGAGGUGCUAUGCCAACCACUUUUCUCACCGGCCCUUAUCUUUUUUGCGAAGGUGCUUUUCCUAGUGACGUGGACGUAUGACAAACGUCAACGAGCUAUAAGACAAGCAGAAAUUGUGAAGAUAAAACGGGCCGGGAAUUCACCAGAGUUUCACACUUUUUCGCAUUCACUUGAGACUCAAGGCCACAUAACCAGGUGGGACUGUCACCUGUGGAAACCGUUUAACAUCCUCCCACAGCGAUGUACUAGUCAAAGGCACAGGUGUUAAGCACAGGGUGUUUAAAAAAAAAAACAAAACACCCGCCUCCGCCAGCCUUCAGCGCACGGGACUCCAGCACCCACACAGGACAGAGCGGCGACAGCGGAGACUACAACUCCCAGCAGGCGUCGCGGCAGCGGGGCUCACGCACGCGCAGCCGGAUCCUGGGAACCAGGGCCCGUGGCGGGCUUCCAGGACAGGAGAAUGGCUGCGCCCUGGGUGGGGCGUGCGACACGAAGGCUCUUAGAAGUGUCGGCGGUGCGGGGGCGCCUGAGCCGAGUUUAUAGCACGUCUCACGCUUUUGCUGAGGUGCUACAGCUGCCGAAGAAGCAGAUGACGAAGCUGGUGUAUCCGCUGCAGGACCUCGAGCAGUACCUGGUCCCGGACACGAGGCCCGACCUUCACCUGAGGAUCUACGACCCGAGCCUGGAGAAUAUCGCGAGGGCGGACACCAUCUUUACCGCCACCGCCCGGAACCGCAUCGAUUACGUCAGCUCCGCAGUCCGGCUCGACCACGCCCCGGACCUUCCCUGGCCUGAGGUAUGUUUUAUAGGCAGAAGCAAUGUUGGAAAAUCCUCCCUAAUAAAGGCUUUGUUUUCACUGGCCCCUGAGGUUGAAGUCAGAGUCUCCAAAAAACCGGGACACACAAAGAAAAUGAAUUUUUUCAGAGUUGGAAAACAUUUUACAUUGGUGGACAUGCCAGGUUAUGGCUAUAGAUCGCCUAAAGAUUUUGUUGACAUGGUAGAGGUCUAUCUGAAAGAACGAACAAAUUUGAAGAGAACAUUUUUAUUAGUGGACAGUGUUGUUGGAAUUCAAAACACAGACAAUAUUGCCAUAGAAAUGUGUGAAGAAUUUGCAUUACCUUAUGUGAUGGUAUUAACAAAAAUUGACAAAUCUUCCAAGGGACAACUUUUAAAACAAGUGCUUCAGAUACAGAAAUUUGUUAACACACAAACACAAGGAUGUUUUCCUCAAUUGUUUCCUGUAAGUGCUGUGACCUAUUCUGGAAUCCAUCUAUUGAGAUGCUUUAUAGCAAAUAUAACAGGAAAUCUUGACUAAUGGGGCUCCCGGUUUAGCCAAAGA